UGCUUUAAGUUUGGCAGUCUUGGAUCCAACAGUGCUAUACCAACUAUCGUCAAACAGGGUUGAGCAUUGAGAAGGAUUUCCCACAAAAUCAAUAAACUGAAACAAAAAUGGCUGUGAUGAAGAAGAGCGUGAUGAAGCGGGCUGCGGCUCCAACCAAGAAGACGGAUGGCAAGAAGCCCAAGGCUUCAGCUGCUUCUACCUCUGGUCUUGAAGAGGCGGUCAAGGAAGAAAAGCCUGUCGCCGUUGAGGAGGAGAAGGAAGAAAAGUCUGAGAUGGACAACGAGGAUGCUGAAGAUGAUGCUGAGGAUGUUGACCAGGAACAAGAUGCUUCUUCUGACGAGGACGACGAGGAGGAGCAAGAUGAAGGAGAUGCAGAUGAUCAAGAUGCAGAUGAUCCUGAAGAUGCUAAGUUAAUCAAGCAAGCUCUGGAAAAGAAGCAUCCUAAGACGAAGAUGGAUUUGAAAAACCGCAUCUCUAGUGGCAAGAAGGAGGACUACAAGAAUCGUGCCACUCUCUACAUUGGCCACUUGCCCAAUGGCUUCUUUGAACCGCAGCUGAAGGACUUCUUCCAGCAGUUCGGCAACGUGACGCGCUAUCAGCUGAUCCGAGCGAAGAAGAGUGGUCGUUCCCGCGGUUACGCCUUUGUGGAAUUCGAACUCAAAGAAGUUGCCGAGAUCGUGCAGAAAACGAUGCACAAUUACCUGCUGUUCGGUAGAAAACUCGACAUCCAGAUGUGCCCGUCGUUGCCUGUUAUGAGAACAAAAAUUCUAGAAAAAAUACUAGUUGGUUGUUGUAGCUUUAGGUCUACUUCUAGAGAUGAAGGAACAAGAUCCCAGUAGAAAAUGAAAAUUCCUGAUUUUUUGGUCCGAGUAGUACUCAUCCAUGUUUAUUAGAUUCUUUUUAAGAGCGGACUUGACAAGAAAACCAAAUUAGCCGUAUACGAAUGAACAUCUUCUUGUUUAAAUAACGUAUUUUUAGAUUCUAGAAGAUAACCGCCCAAAUCUCUCUCUUCGUCUAAUCUCUGUGGCCAGAAGGACGGGCAUAAGGUCUGGCGCAAAGCUGCUGGUUUUUUCCAACCGGUCGCGAAGCAGCAAUUGGCCAAGCAGCGUGAACAGAUGAACCCAGAAAAGAGGGAGAUCACAGUCACAACUACUUCUUCCUCUAAGCAGGAAGAAGAGAAGAAGGUCACUGUCUUCACAACCAGACAACAGGAGCGUGCACGUAAGAAAUUGGAGAAGUUGGCCAUGCUGAAGGACUACGGAAUCAGCACUCCAGUCGCCUCAACAGUGCAGAAGACUUUGAUGGAGAACACCGAGAAACUGGCGAAAGCGAAGAUGGCUGCAACGGAAAUGGCUAAGAAAUUGAAUGCUGAGGCAGCAAAGGGUGACACUAAAAAGAAGACAGAUAGUACCAAGGCUGACACGAAGAAAGAAACUGCAUCAACUAAAGAGAACAAGAAGGCUGUAUCAGCUUCUAAAACGACAGCUGCCGCGACGAAGAAGGUUGUGAAAUCAGCAGUGAAGACGAAGAAAAGUAGUGCUAUGAAGAAGAAGGCCGCGAGCAAAUGAGCAAGGAACAGAUCAUGAUGCAUGACAAUCUUUGUCUUUCGCGAACGCAUUAAUAACCUACAUUCUACUGUCUUGAAAGGGCGAAUAUCCCUCUUGUGGGCAAAGUAAAAAACAAAUGCUUACAUGUACAUCACAUGUUCAUGUUCCUACGUAUAGGAAAGGGGAAAGAACAUGACCAAAAUGGAGCGGUGACUCUCGUACCUUAUUGUGGAAUUAUCUCUCCACGACCUUGCAUUUUAGUGUACCUAUGUAUAAAAAACGCAUGA